AUGUGCUCUGCUGGAAACAGCGCAUCGGCUCUAGGCCGAGGACCUCUUGCAAUGUCUACCGUUACCGGUAAUUACAAGAUCGUUCUUCCUCGUUUCCCAUCGGGAAACACCGUUCUCAACUCAGUGUUCCUACACGCGGACCUCGCUGGUCGGCCGUACCGCGCCCCGGAUUUUCGUGAUGCCCUGCUCUCGGUGCUCGAUACCAAGGACAUUCUCGGAGCAGGCCAGUAUCAGAUGAGCCAUCUGUGGCUCGUCACCUGUGCGAACAGCCUUUCCAAGCAGAAGCUCGUCGAUAAAGGUGAGCUACUAGUCAAAGGACUAAAGUGCCUUGUCAUCGACCCAGAAAGCCGGAACAUCAAAAUGAAGCUUCUGUGGCUUCCUCCUCACCUAGAACAGAAGCGUAUCGUUGAAGCGUUGGAACCAUAUGGCAUGGUGCAAUCCAUAACCAGAGAAAUGUGGCGUUGCGAAGGCAUGGAGAGUUGGCAGAUGACGAAUCGUGAUGUAGAAUUCACGCUCAAAGAAGGCCUCUCUACCAGUUCCCUCCCUCAUCUUCUGACGAUCUUCGGACAUCAAUGCUUACUAUUGAUUCCCGGACGACCUCCCUUGUGCCUUCGAUGCAACAGAGUAGGGCACAUAAGAAGACAGUGCAAAACACCACGCUGCGCGAAGUGCCACCGUUAUGGUCAUAACGCAGAGGCAUGCGUUGGCACGUAUGCUGACAAGCUUCGUGGCAGUAAACCGGUGGACGAUGACACCAUCGUUAACCACCUCAUGGAUGUAAGUGAGGUCGUAGAUGCCUCUGGCGAAGCGCCUGUUGAAGACCACCGGGCUGAAGAAGUGCAAAUAUCGACAGCUGCGGACACAGCUACAGCGAAGGUUACUGAAGAACAAACAGUAACUAACCGUGAAAAGGACGCUUGUGCAACGUGGGCCGAAUCACCGCCAUUUCGGGACCAGCUUCAUCCUGCCGAGGAUACUGAAAUGACUGAGACAUCAAAGAAGCGUCCAGCGCCGGCAGAUGAUUUGGAGUGCUCUGGGAAAGAGCCAAAGGUCGCCGCGGCUAAGGCGAAGAAACCCCUUCAUGGAGCCCCUGUGAGUGCAGAUGCCGCUGCAGUUCAAGAAGUUGCUGCAGCUGCGACUCCUCAAAGGGAUGGGACAGGCAUAACAAAGGUAGCAGCGCUACGUGUAGGCGCUGCGCCUCAGUAGUGGAAUCAUGGCAGGCGCCCUUCCCUUAACGUUUGGAACACUGAAUGUCCGUGGCUUACGUAGUAAGCGACGGCAGGGUCAGUUAUUACACUUGUUGCGUAGCCAAGUGUUAGAUGUUAUUGCAAUUCAGGAAACAAAAAUUGAAUCCGAUGACGACACAGCGGCUGCUGUAGCUCCAUUUCUUUCGGAGUAUGAAGUAUGUGUCAGCCACGCGAUUGGUGUCUCUGGAGGAUGUAUGCUAUUUGUGAGGAAAACGCGGCAAUGCAACGUGUUGGGACUGUGCACUGAUAGGGAAGGGCGCCUUGUAUGGUGUGAUGUCAACAUAGAUAGUCAUGUUUGGAGGUUUCUUUGCGUGUAUGCGCCAAGUAAGGCACGCGACCGGGAGGACUACUUUCUCUCAUUGACCCAGCACUUACGCAAUGACCGUGUAUUAGUUGUCUUAGGUGACUUUAAUUGUGUGUGUAGU